UUUAAAUAUUCAAUCAUAAACAAUAUUAUAAUUGUUAUACAAAAUAAAAAUGAAAUUUUUACACAUUUUAACAUUAUUAUUGGUGGCUCUAGUAGCCUAUACCUCGGCCCAAAGAUGUCCUGGCAGCCCACGCAAUCCUACUUGCACUGGUGGUCAUGAUGUUGGUCGUCGUGGUCGUGGUUGCAGACCCCGUGUCCUGUGGCAUUACAGUGCUCGUUUAAGACAAUGCCAUCAAUUGCUUUAUUUGGGUUGUGGUGGCAAUAACAAUCGUUGGUGUACGCGGGCUGCUUGUGAGCAAAGAUGUCGUCGUUAAUGAAAUUAACACAUUUAUUUGUUCUACUUAUAACCAUUUAUAACAAAAUUAAAUAACCAUUUCAAACUAA